CCUCCGCCCCUAAAGAAAACGUCAGAGGAAGAAGAAACCAUCAACAAGAUAUGCAAAAGUUUAGCCGUACGGUCAGUUCCAUUCGAUGAUUUCAGAGAGAGAGAUGGGGCCCACAGCAGGGAGGCUGAGUUUCACUGUUCUCUUCUUCAUUAUACUGCUGUCAGGAUGCUAUCGAUGGGUUGAGGCCCAGCACUGUGUUUGGUAUGGUGAGUGUGACAAGUCUGAAAAGGUUCCUGGCAAAAAAUACAACUGUAACUACACUGGUGCCCCACGUCCAUUAAAGCCUGAGGGCUACGAGCUUCUAACGGAGCUCUGUCCUGGGUAUGACUAUGGAGAGCGAAAUCUCUGCUGCAAUGAGGACCAGCUGCACACGCUCAAAGAGAGUCUCCAGCUGCCCCUUCAGUUCUUGUCUCGGUGUCCUUCAUGUUUCUACAAUCUGAUGAAUCUGUUCUGUGAGCUGACAUGCAGUCCACAUCAGAGUCAGUUUAUGAAUGCCACCAAGUUUAAGGGGAAGAAUGUAGUAGAAGUGGAGUACUAUAUCGGAAAGACAUUUGCUAAUGCUAUGUACAAUGCUUGUCAGGAUGUGCAGGCACCUUCUAGCAAUGUGAAAGCCUUAUCACUGCUAUGUGGCAAGGAUGCUCAAGAAUGCAAUGCAACCAACUGGAUCCAAUACAUGUUCAGUACGGACAAUGGCCAGGCUCCAUUUCCUAUCAUCCCUGUGUUCUCUGAUGUGGAAGUUUCCGGUUACAAGCCCAUGAACAACAAAACGUAUGCCUGUACAGAAGGCUUAGAGGAUGGUUCAGGUCCAUGCUCCUGUCAGGACUGCGCAGCAGCCUGCGGCCCCAAACCCGUCCCCCCUCCACUGCCCCCUCCCUGGACCAUCCUCGGCAUGGAUGCCAUGUCGGUCAUCAUGUGGCUCGCCUACAUGGCCUUCCUGCUCAUCUUUGCCGGAGUUUUAGUCGGGGCUUGGUAUUUCAGGAAAAGGGCCAUCACAUCAGAGUACGGCCCCAUUUUGGACAGCAACAACCCGCUUUCCCUCAAUAGUGAUGAUCAUCACCAAGAAAAUGCAUCGUGCUGUGAAACGCUGGGCGAACGCUUUGAGAAUCUCUUGCGAACUUUCUUCAGCUGCUGGGGUUCUUUCUGUGUCCGUCAUCCAUCCGUGGUCCUGCUGGGAAGCUUCAUAUUAGUGACCGCUUGCAGUGGAGGCUUGGUCUACAUGCGCAUCACCACCGACCCCGUUGAGCUUUGGUCAUCACCCGCCAGCCAGGCUCGCCAAGACAAGAACUAUUUCGAUGAGCACUUUGGACCAUUCUUCAGAACAGCGCAGCUCAUUAUAACUACUCCCAUCAAUGAUACUUAUAUCUACUCCCCGUAUUUUGGAGGGUCAGAUGUCCCAUUUAAAGCCAUCCUGUUCAAAGACAUCCUGCACCAGGUGCUAGACCUGCAACUUGAAAUCGAAAACCUGGUAGCUGAAUACGACGGCAAAAACGUCACGUUGAAGGACAUCUGCUUGGCUCCUCUGGCGCCGUACAACAACAACUGCACCAUCCUGAGUGUUCUCAACUACUUUCAGAACAGCCACGCGGUUCUGGACCACAGCAUAGGAGAUGAGUUUUUUGUGUACGCUGACUAUCACAGCCACUUCCUCUACUGUGUCAGUGCUCCAGCAUCACUCAACGACACCACUGUCCUUCAUGAUCCCUGCUUAGGAACCUUUGGUGGCCCAGUCUUCCCUUGGCUGGCACUCGGAGGUUAUGAUGAGACAAACUACAACAAUGCCACAGCUCUUGUGAUCACCUUCCCGCUCAACAACUACCUGAACGACUCGGUCAAGAUGGGCCAAGCUCUUGCCUGGGAAAAAGAGUUCAUCAAGUUUAUGAAGAACUUCAACAAUCCCAAUCUGACCAUAGCCUUCAGUGCAGAGAGGAGCAUUGAAGACGAGAUCGACAGAGAGAGCAACAGUGACAUCAGCACCAUAGUGAUCAGCUACGCCAUCAUGUUCAUCUACAUCUCUCUGGCUUUGGGCCACAUCCACAGUUUCAGAAGGCUGCUGGUGGACUCGAAGAUAUCUCUAGGUAUAGCUGGCAUCCUGAUUGUGCUCAGCUCUGUGUCUUCCUCUCUGGGGAUCUUCAGCUAUGCGGGUGUCCCACUUACACUCAUCGUGAUCGAGGUCAUUCCCUUCCUUGUUCUGGCUGUUGGGGUCGACAACAUCUUCAUCAUCGUGCAGACUUACCAGAGAGAUGAGCGGAUGCCACAGGAAGAGCUUCACCAUCAGAUCGGCCGUAUUCUUGGAGAAAUAGCUCCCAGCAUGUUUCUCUCUUCCUUCUCAGAGACUGUGGCCUUCUUCCUGGGUGGCCUGUCCAACAUGCCGGCUGUUAGGACUUUCUCUUUGUUUGCUGGCUUGGCUGUUUUCAUCGAUUUCCUGUUGCAGAUCAGUUGCUUUGUCAGCUUGCUUGGCUUGGAUGCCAAAAGACAGGAGGGGAAUCGACUUGACAUCUGCUGCUGCGUGAAACUGCCCGAACGUCCGGAAACCAAGACAGAAGGCUUCCUCUUCCGCUUUUUCAAGAAAGUCUAUGCUCCCUUCAUCCUUAAAGAGUGGGUUCGACCGAUCAUUGUGGCAGUGUUUGUGGGGAUGCUGUCCUUCAGUAUUGCAGUUGUCAAUAAAGUGGAAAUUGGACUAGACCAGAAGUUAUCUAUGCCUGAUGACUCGUAUGUUCUGGAUUACUUCAAAAACCUGAGCGAGUACCUCCACACCGGAGCGCCGGUUUACUUUGUAGUGGAGGAUGGACUCAACUACAGUAGCCCAGAGGGCCAAAAUUCUGUGUGUGGAGGAGUGGGAUGUAACAAUAACUCUUUGGUGCAGCAGAUCUAUUCAGCCUCACUUAUCAGCAAUUACACAACCAUUGCCUACACACCAUCGUCUUGGCUGGAUGAUUACUUUGAUUGGGUGAAGCCUCAAUCGACCUGCUGCCGCUUCUACAACAACACUGGAGCUUUCUGCAAUGCCUCAGUUGUGAACUCGUCCUGUGUAUCCUGUCGGCCCAUGACUCAGAGUGGAAAGCAGAGACCUGAAGGCGAAGACUUCAUGCACUUUCUGCCCAUGUUCCUGUCUGACAAUCCUAACCCCAAGUGUGGAAAAGGCGGACAUGCUGCUUAUGCCACAGCAGUCGAUCGGUAUCCCAAUAACACGGGCGUCGGAGCAACUUACUUCAUGACAUACCACACCAUCCUAAAGGAGUCUCCAGACUUCAUAAAUGCUUUGAAAAUGGCCCGAAUACUCGCCAACAAUAUUAGUCAGUCCAUGCAUCACAAAGUCUUUGCCUACAGCGUCUUCUACGUGUUUUAUGAGCAGUACCUCACCAUUGCCUACGACACGGCUCUGAAUUUGUGCGUGUCGCUGGGGGCCAUAUUUGUGGUCACUACAGUGCUGCUGGGCUUCGAGAUGUGUUCGGCGCUGAUGGUCAGCAUCACCAUCGCCAUGAUUCUGGUCAACAUGUUUGGCGUCAUGUGGCUGUGGGACAUCAGCCUCAACGCGGUGUCUCUAGUGAACCUGGUUAUGAGCUGUGGAAUCUCUGUGGAGUUCUGCAGUCACAUUGUGCGAGCGUUUUCCGUCAGCAUGAAGACGAACAGAGUGGAGCGGGCGGAGGAAGCCUUGGCUCAUAUGGGCAGCUCUGUGUUCAGUGGGAUCACAUUAACAAAGUUUGGAGGUAUUUUAAUCCUGGCGUUGUCAAAGUCGCAGAUCUUCCAGGUCUUCUACUUCAGGAUGUACUUGGCCAUCGUGUUGCUCGGGGCAACGCACGGCCUCAUCUUCCUCCCAGUUCUUCUAAGCUAUAUAGGUCCAUCGGCGAACAAAGCGAAGGUGUUUGCCGCGAACCAGCGCUUCGCCAGCACAGAAAGGGAGCCCCUCAUCAAACAUUAGCCGGCUUGUUGAGACGGCGAACAACAAACUAAUUAACUAACUACCUGUGAGGGACUUCUUCGAGGGUGUGAGCUUGAGCUGCUUCUGCAACCACUGACGCACUCUUCAUCAUCCCAGCUACUAUGCGUGGAUCUAACUCAGGAAUGAUAUCAGAAAUGAGGAAUGCUGUAGGAUAAGUAGAUUUCUACCUAGAGGACAUAAGACAUAAAAACAGCUGCCCUCCUCUUCUGCUUUGUCGUCGUCGUCGUCAUCAUCAUCGUCGACCUUCUCACACUACAGGCUAAGGCUUUAGCAUCUGCAGAUGGAACAAAACACCAAGGAACAGACACUUUGAUGGAGAGGAGCAGGAGGACCUGACAUUGAGAUGAGCGAUUUGUUUUGAGAAGAUACAAAAGGGGAAAAACUGGUCAGUUUUUGUAAAGAUGUUCAAACCAGAUUAAUAUGUGAAAUGUUUCUUUUUUGCCAUAAAAAAGUUGAGUAUUUGUACAACUGAUUGAUAUUCUAAGACAUUUAUCAAAUGGAACUAGUUACAGUGGUGACUCUCCCUGCAAUACCUGGAAAACUUGUCUCCUUGCUUUGUCGUGACGCAGGUCAGCUUUUUCCUCAGCAGCUAGUAGCAAUCAAAGAGUGACGCUUUUAGACACAUCGACAUCUAUGUCAGAUUGGUGAUGCACAAAAUACCUCCACUGAUGAAGAUAAAUUCUUUUAAAUGCAUACUUGAUUUUUUUUUUUUUUAUUUAUUUAAAAAUCAGAAAAUCGGGAUGACAAAAAACCCAAAACAGUUUCCAGGUACAAGCAGCUAGUUCCGUACAUGCUGCGUCACGUCUUCCUUCCCACGUGUUCCUCGGUUUUUAUUUAUUUCAAACAUGGUCUGGCGUUUACAAUAUCCAACAACAAAUUUCACUUUGAAUUGUACCGACAUAGAAGUGUCCUUUUUUUCUUUUUUUUUUCUGAAGACUAUGUAGGACUGAACGGUUCUGAUUGGCGUGUAUCUGAUUUGCUUUGUGGUUACUGAACAAAACAUUUGUAGCAUUAUAAAUGAAAGAGGAUAAAAAUAUACAUAUGUAACUGCAGAAAGCUAACAGGACUAACUAAAAUUUGUUCUAUGGUCAUUGCAGUUACUGCAGUUUCGAGAUUUGCUUUUAAACGAUUGUCUUAACUAUUAGCGUUGCUUUUCUGUAUAUUAUUUUGAACUUCUUCUAGCAUACGGUUAGAGGUCCCUUUAAACUGAGUGUUUUCAGAUAAUUUAAGCACAAUGUGACCAAUCAGAGCUUUACAUUGUUUAUAUUUCCCACCUUUACCUCAACAUGUCUUGACAUUGUAGCUAGAACAGUAAACCAUUCCUUGUUUUUCUACAUAGUAUUGAUGGAGUAAUAAUUUGCAUAAGAGAAAAGGCUGCAUCUGAAUGUGCAAAAGACAAAAAAAUAACAAACAGUUUUGGUAUGGUUGUGCGUUGUUGAAUCCUGACAUUGGAAAAAAACAAACAAAUGAAGUGAAACAUGGGAUACUUUAGUUUUUAACCAUUUUAACAUUUAUUAAACUACUCAACAAAG